AUGCCACAAAAUGAAUAUAUUGAGUUACACCGUAAGCGCUAUGGAUAUCGUUUGGAUUACCAUGAGAAAAAGAGAAAGAAGGAAGGUCGAGAGGCUCAUGAACAUUCAAAGAAGGCAAAAAAGAUGAUUGGUCUAAAAGCUAAGCUCUACCAUAAACAGCGCCAUGCUGAGAAAAUACAAAUGAAAAAGACUAUUAAGAUGCAUGAAAAGAGAAACACCAAACAGAAGAAUGAUGAAAAGACUUCACAAGGAGCAGUACCUUCAUAUUUACUGGACCGAGAAGGACUGUCUCGAGCUAAAGUACUUUCCAAUAUGAUUAAACAGAAACGAAAAGAGAAAGCGGGAAAAUGGGAGGUCCCUCUGCCUAAAGUUCGUGCCCAGGGAGAAACAGAAGUAUUAAAAGUUAUUCGAACUGGAAAAAGAAAGAAGAAGGCCUGGAAGAGGAUGGUUACUAAAGUCUGCUUUGUUGGAGAUGGCUUUACUAGAAAACCGCCUAAAUAUGAAAGAUUCAUUAGGCCAAUGGGAUUACGUUUCAAGAAGGCUCAUGUAACACAUCCUGAACUGAAAGCCAGCUUUUGCUUGCCAAUACUUGGUGUAAAGAAGAAUCCCUCAUCCCCACUAUAUACAACUUUGGGUGUUAUUGCCAAAGAAACCGUCAUUGAGGUGAACGUAAGCGAGUUGGGCCUUGUAACACAAGGAGGCAAAGUCAUCUGGGGAAAAUAUGCCCAGGUUACCAAUAAUCCUGAAAAUGAUGGAUGCAUAAAUGCAGUCUUACUGGUUUGACAGCAGUUACAUACAAAUAACUCCUUAUAAUUACUGAAGACUACACACCAGUUGGGAAACCAUUACUCUGAUAUUUCUGAAUACUAUCAAUC